AUGGUAUUAAUAACACGGCAUGUUAAAAUUAAUAUUCAAAUCGAAUUUGUUCUUAUUAGUAUUCAAUUAAACUUUACUUUUAAAAAUUUACGCAGCUUUGUCUUAGCUAUUUGGUUAAUUUAUUUUCCUGAAAGUCCAAAAUUUCUAGCUGAACACGAUGAAAGGGAAUUGAGUUUAGAAAUUCUAAUGAAAGUUUUUAGAAUUAACACGGGCCGUUCAGAAAAGGAAUAUAAAGUUACUGGAGUAAAGAAAAUAUCUUUUGCAUCUGUUCACAAAAUUCAUAGUCAUUUAUAUGUUACCGUUAAGAAAUUGCGUUUAUAUAAAUCGAAAGAAUUGAAAUUGUUACUUAAAGCGGCUGCUCGUUACACAGGAAAAUUAUUCUCUGAAAAAUAUUUAUUAAGAACAAUAUUCUUAUUUGGAAUACAAUUUGGUUUAACAUGUAGUUAUUAUACAUUGAUGCUUUGGUUUCCUGAACUUUUUAAUCGAUAUAAAAUAUUUCAUAUGAUAAAAGGAUAUUCCAAUGUUUCAAUCUGUGAAAUAUCAAAAGAAUUAAUAAAAAGAUCAGAUGAAGUUGAGAAAAUACAAAGUGAAACAGCAAUUGAUAAUGAUGUUUAUACUGAAACUUUAUACCUUGGACUUGCUUGUCUACCUUUAAGCUUAUUAUUCCCUUUUAUUGUUCAUAGAGUUGGAUCUAGACUCCUUUUAGGAAUUGGCUUGGCCUUUGAUUCAUUAGCAGUUUUCUUAAUCUUAUUUGCUAAAACAGAAUUACAAAAUUUAAUUUUAUCAUGUGUAUUCAAGUUAUUGGCAUCAAUUAGCAUUAGUUUACUUUAUGCUAUCACUGUUGAUUUAUAUUCAGCUAAAAUACGAGUUAUAGCAGCUGCUUUAGGUAUGUCAAUUGGUAGAUGUGCAGCACUCUUAGGAAAUGUUAUUUUUGGUUAUUUUAUUGACACUGUAUGUUAUCUACCGUUUAUAACUUUUGGAAUACUACUUUUAAUCAGUUCAAUUUUAACAUUUCUUUUACCAACACCCGAUCCAAAACUUCAUUUUGGAGAAGAAGAACCAAGAAUUCACAGGAAAAGAUCGUUAUUAUCUCAUUUAUAA